UUUCUGAAAAAGAAGUUGUGAAAGUCAUUAAAGAUUUACCUGCCAACAAGGCUUCUGGACCUGAUAAAUUGCCAGUCAGAGUGAUUAAAGAUUGCUUGCCGGUUAUUUCGUCUACGAUAACUAGUCUAAUUAACUGCUCCUUUAGUACCAAUACUUUCCCAGAUAUCUGGAAGAUUGCAGAGGUCAUACCUAUCCCAAAAACCGGAGAUAAAGAGAUAGCAA